GUAACUUUGAAUAAUCUUUGUGAAAUAAGGAAGGCAAGGGUUUAUAUCUUCUCAGAAUCCUUAGAGUCCUAAAGUCGAGAUAAUUUUCUGCAGAGUGAAAACAGAUAUCUUUGGAGCUCCACGGGAGAUACCAACCCUUUCAGAAUGGAUGGCAAGCACCAGCAGCAUGCUGUGGAUAUUGAACAACACCCGACUGAGUUGUUACCCAGAAAUCCCUAUGGUUCAAACGAAGGAACACAUUGUGGUUGCAGAUUGCCUGUUGUGACCUUACAGCCGCAGUGGGCAGCAGCAAAGCCAUGGUCGCCCUGGAAAACAUUCCUGCUGUGUCUCCUGGCCUGUCUCAUUGCCACAGCCCUUGUUGUUCUGCUCUUCUAUUUUGUCCACUUGGGCAAGCCCGCGGCCGGCACCACCAUCGUCAUUCAUGCCGACGGCAAGUCCAGUCAUGUCACCUGCAUUCCUGGUGCUGCCCCAUCUCCGGGCCCAUCCUCCCUGCCUGUAUCUCAGAGCGCUCUGCCUCCUACCCCGGGGACCAACCACAGCUCCUCUACCCCGGGGCUCCCAACUCCUAUGGAGACGACUAUGAGCUCAACGUUGGUCCACGAAGUUGAAAUUGAAGAUGAAGAAUAUUUGGGGGGUGUCUUCAGCCCUCCUCAAGCCAGACCCACCCACUGAUCCUGAAUGAAGCAUGUCCAAGGUAUUCUCCCCUCCAGCCGAGAGGUUCCAAAGCAUUUAGCUUUAUGAGACUUGCCCUCUUGCUCAGUCAUUUGCUGUGUUCCAUAUGAGAAUGAUACCAGUGUUCUCAGUCAAGGACCCUCAAAUCUUCAAAUGAUUGGAAAAGAAAAAUUUCAACUGAGCUCAGUUGAUUCAUCCUGGCUAGGGCCCAGAGUCUCUUUUCAUCCUGUAAAACCCAUCUUAAUUUCAUUAAUGAGGAUUUCAACUGCUGGAGAAGCUGCCUGCCUCCUGUAUGUUGGCUCUCAAGCCACUAUUUACCUUCAGUUAUUGAUUAUUUCCCAAUCUCAUACACUUGACUCUUUUCGGUAUUUAUAUUCCAAUAGGGAGAUAAGGAAGUGUUCAAUUAAUGUGGUUAACGAACAUAAAUUAUUAGGGAACUAUUCAUCAUUACAGAAGUUUUCCUACUAUUGGGGGGAAAGGAGGGCUGAUCAAUGAGGUUAGAAAUGAUAAAGAUAGGUUUCAGAGGAGGGCUGAAAGUUAAACAAAGGUGGAAGUUUAAGGGGAGAUCAUUAAAACAGAAAAUGAGAGGGCUAAGGGGAUUUGAUGGAUUUAAAAUCCAAAACAUACUUAGAAACACUUCAAAUGUAACAAAUAGUGUCUUUUCUCUAUACUUUUUUCUGAUAGUGUCAAUAUUAUUUUCUGUACUUGAUAUUUUGCUUAAAGUAUUAUAACCUGCUGCUUAUAAAAUUUGAACUUUUAUAUUGUCUUAUACUUUGUAACUUUGAGGGCACAUGGUUUAUAAUUUGGUGUGAAAUACAAGACCCUUGUUCAAUGUUACUUGUAUUUUGAGUGUUUAACACUCACUAGAAACAUAAACACUUUAUUUUGGAGACUUUGGGGUUAAAAAUCAACCUGCCCAUUCCAUCCUCAACCUCCAAACUCCACAAAAGAGGAAGACUGGUGAGAGAAGGCAGCUCCUGUUCAAAGACUCAGACCCUACGGGAGGCAGUAGACCCAGGAUGUCUUUGGCACAGCAUCGGAGGUUCUAAAUAGGUUCCAAAAGCAUUAAAAGAUUUUAUGUUAUCCGCCAUUCUAGGUUCAUUUGCUGUAGCCAAUAAUAGAACAUGUAAAUUACACAAACCUUGGGGCUUUAUUGAGUAAUUAGGCCCUGCCCAAGAAAAAUUAGAAAUGUGGUCAUUCUCUAGGUAAUUGUUAUUUUAGGGCAGCUAGCAUUAUUUCUCAGACACAGGGAAAUGUAAAAAUUUGAGUCUUUGAAAAGUUUUUCAGUUUACAAACAUUAUUUGAUAAGAGAAUUUAAGAAUGAUAAAAGGCAUUAUAUAAAUUUUAGAAAUUUCACAAAGCUCUAGAGGAGAUUAAUGGGCAAAAAGGAGAAAGUGCGCAUGCAUUUCUCCCUUGUAGAGUUUUUUUUUAAUUAGAGGACAAUUGCUUUACAAUGUUGUGCUGGUUUCUGCCGUAGGACAAGGUGAGUCAGCCACGAGUAUUUAUAUAUAUGUGUGUGUACUAAGGUGCUUAGUCACGUCUGACUCUUUGCGAGCCCGUGCACUGUAGCCCACCAGGCUCCUCUGUCCAUUCUCCAGGCAAGAAUACUGGAGUGGGUCGCCCUGCCCUUCUCCGGAGGAUCUUCCCAACCCGGGGACUGAACCUGGGUCUCCUGCGUUGCAAGCAGGUUCUUCACGAUCUGAGCUUCAGGGGGGUCCUAUUUAUACUGAUCCCGUCCCUCUUUAGCCUCCGUCCCACCCACUCCUCCAGGCGGUCACAGAGCACCGAGCGGAGCGCCCCAGGGCACACAGCAGCUUCCCACUAGCUCUCCGCUUUACACGCGGCGGUGUAUCUAUGUCACCGCUACUCUCUGCAUUCACCCCACCCUCCCCUUCUUCCACCGUGUCCACAAGUCCAUCCCCUAUGUCCGCAUCUCUAUUCCUGCCCUGUAAAUAGCUUCAGCAGUACCAUUCCCGCCCCCCCCCCCGCCCCGAUUCCAUAUAUAUGUGUUAAUGUAUGAUAUUUGUUUUUCUCUUUCUGACUUAACUUCAGUCUGUAUAACAGGCUCUUGGCUCAUCCACCUCAGUUUAACUGACUCACAUUCAUUCCUUUUAGUGGCUGCUAGUAGAGUUUUAAAUCAAUUCAUUUCUAGUGUGUUUUUGAUUUAUAUGCUUGUGAAGAAGAAAGAUCAAAUUCCCUAGUUUCAAAUGUACUUCCUUAUAUGAUUUAAAUUUUGCUUUGCAAUAUAAAAGAAAAAAAACCUUUUAAUAGAAAGAUCUUAGAAUGUACCAUUAAUAAAAAAUUUAAAUGAAAAUUUCAUAUCCUAGAAGCCAUUUGAAAUAGCUAGAUGUGAUUAAAAAAAAGCUGUUCUUUUCUUCCUUUGCUGUUUAAGAUUAUAUAGGAUGCACUAUGGUAAAACGGGGAGGAUAACUUCAUUGUGUUUAAGGAAUAUGCUCCUAGCAAUGAAUUUCCUAUGUUAAAUAUUGGAGGAUAUUGUAAUAAGGGUUAUCUGAGAUCAUCAGAUUUCUGUGCUUUAUAAAACGGGGUUGUGAAUGAGCUCUCAGACUCAUGUAUUGCUUUAGACUUCUACAGUUUAAUAAAAUCUCUUUUUAGAUUAAUUUUUAUUGGGGGAUAGCUGCUUUGCAAUGUUGUGUUAGUUUCUGCUGCACAGAAAAGUGAGUCAGUUGCACACACAUCCCCGCCUUCUUGGAUUUCCUCCCCACUUAUGUUACUAGGGAGCGCCGAGGAGAGUCAGUCUACCAGGGAUCAGUACCCAGCUGUCGUGUCCAACUCUUUGCAACUCCAUGGACUGUAGCCUGCCGGGUGGGUUGCCAGUUCCUUCUCCAGGGGAUCUUUCCGACUCAGGGAUCGAAUCCACGUGUCCGCAUCUCCUGCAUUGGCAGGAGGAUUCUUUACCACUGAGCCACCAGGAAAGCCCUGAGUGGGGUCUCCUGUGUGAAACAGCAGAUUUUCAUUAGUUAUCUGUUUUAGGCCUAGCAGUGAAUAUUUGUCAAUCCCAAUCUCUCAGUUUAUUCCCUGCUUUCCCCUUGUUAACAGUAAAUUUGUUAUCUAAUCUUUGUCUCUCUGUCUGUUUUGCCAGUAAGUUCCUCUGUACCACUUUUCAGGAUUCCACCUAUAAGCCAUAUUAGUAAAAUCUUAAAGUAUUAAGCAGCAUUGUGGAAAAUGUCUUCACCAUUUAAGACACAUUACUCAGAUUAAAAUUUUUCAAAGUACUAUGAAAAUACUGAAGUGUGCUUAUUCAAUAAGAAUGUAAUCAUCCAUUAUAAUGAUUU